AUAAUUGAAAUAUAAAAUUAUAUCGAAGAGAAAAGUGAACAAAGAAUCCCAAUAAUUGAAAGUGAACAAUCUGAACUAAAAUAUAUCAUCCUCGACUUGAAGUUGCAGAUAAAUACAAAAUUAUUCAUAUCCAUAAUGUCAGCAUCAAAAUUUCAGUAAUUAUAAUUAAGAAUCUUUUUCAUUAACUAAAUCAUUAUGUCGUGAUAUUUGUAACACUACUUGCGACGAAUCAAUAUAAUAUCAAAAAGAUCAAACGAAGCAACAAAUUCCAUAAAUAACUGAAGAAAAUCCGACGAGCAAUUAACCUCGAAAGCUACGAAAUCGCUUUCAAUCUUCAUCCUGUCUUGAGAUCAGUGUUCGAAUAAUGAGGAAGAAGUAGAAGAAUUGAAACAGCUAUUGUGACGAAAGAACCGAGAAAGAGCAGAAGGAAAAGAGGGAAAAAAAACGAUGUGAAAUCUCGACGUAAGAUACAUCGACAAGUCAUACCAGGAAAUGUUGGGUCUCUUAUUACGGAAGGUUUCCUCGAAAGCAAUUUCGGCGCUGCAGAAAAUUAAAAAACUGCGACUCGACGCACUGAACGAUGCCAAGAACAAUUCCAUAGAGAAAGCUCGAUCGCAAUUACAAGAAUAUAAUGUGCAAGAAACGAUUAAUUUUAUAUUGAAAAAAGGCUCGUCCACGGUGAAGACACUGAAUGAUUCGUUGAAGAUCAUUCUUCCUACAGAAACGAUUGUAAAAGUGCCAUUGAAUACUCUAUCGAGAUACCACGGUCCAGACACAAUUAGACGACAGAUUGCGUCUCAUCAGAAAAUAAUUAAUCAUCAAACACGAUGGAUGAACAGCUGUGGUUCGAAUAAGAAAUUUAAACUUGUCAAAAGGAAUACCAAUAUAAUCGAAGAAUUAGACAAACGCGUGAAGUUGAAAAAAUCAAAAAAAUUAUCAAAAUCAAAUCGUGAUCAGAACACUGAUGACACUUGGCAUCAAAUUUCUGAAAGUAGUCAUGAAAGUCCUAUGAGCAAGUCUGGUCAUUCAAAUCAAAAAUCAAUUGCAUCGCACCCUGAAAAACCAGAAGAAUAUUCCAAUCAACAAACUUCAAUGAAACAUUCCAAGGAUCAUGCAGAGUCUGCAGAAAGUAAUUAUCCUAAUAAAGACUCUCGUUUAAACGAACAAGACCAGAAAGAAUUACCCAGAGCACGUGUAACCUGCGAUCAAAGACCCGAGAGGCGGUCCUGUUGUUCGCAAAAAAAUGCUCCACCAAAAAAGAAGAGAAAGUUUGAAGAAUCCUCGAAAUCCGAUUGCCGGCAGUUGAAGCCUGUAGCAUCGAUCGUGGUGGAAGAAGUGGCAACACCUGAUCCACCACCUCCUAGAUCCAGUCACUGGUCUGAAAAUCUGAAUAAACCUCGGGAAUACAGGAGCCCUUGUUCCCGAAAGAGUGCCCCUUCCCCGAUGAUAUUCAUUCCUUACCAGAAAUCGAGCGAAUCGAAUAAACCAGUGCGAGAAGAUUCGUCGCCCAGAAAAUACCCAUCGCAAAAUCGACCAAUAUAUAGUACUUGUAAACGUCCAUCAAUGAAACGCCCCUCUGAAGAGGAUGAUUCUUCGUCGUGUAACAAAUAUCGUAUGGUUUCCGAAGAGAAAGACGAAAUACAGACUCGAGUUCCGGUUAAGGAGAAAUCAAACAGGGAAGUUAAGAGUCAGGCAAGCAUCGUAGUUUUCGCGAAAUCGGAGAAACCGUUUGAAAUAUCGGAUGUCAGCGAUUGCAGACCCAAUACGGCAGCUUUGAAAUAUCGGAUGAGCAAGUGUCCUUCUAUGCAAGGGUCUUUGCAGAGUGGCAAACGCAAAUUUCCCGAGGAUGAAAUUGUUUCUGGGGAAGAAACAACGAAAUCUUCGAAACUACGAAGAACGCAUUCGUCCGAAAAAAAGGAACGUUUUAAGAGUACUAGUGAAUGGAAGAAGCAGACGUAUCCGAUUCGAUUGAAAAUUUAUAAAACGAAGGACGAUUUCAAUCCCUGUCCUCCGGUGAUAUCCGAAAUUAGACCAAGAGAUCCUGGUUUUGUGGAAGAGAUAAAGGAACCGAGAUUGAGUCCAGUGCAUCGUGAAAUUGCGAAGAGGUUGAAGGAUCCCUGUCCGCCUAAAUACUGUCCUCAUGUUGAUAUAGAGAAAACAAAAUUGAAGACAUUAAAGGAGAAGCAGCGUUGUAAGAAAAAGGCUAAAAGGCAAAUGAAGUGUCCUCAUCGUGGUGAUUCCUAAAUUUUUCAUUUAUUUGUCCACUUAAACAUUUCUACAUACACCGUGCUUUUCGAUAAAUACAAAUACCUUUUGCAAUAUA